UCAAGAUGGCCAUAACAGACGUUACAGCGUGGGCGGUAAGCGGGAGAAUAAAUAAGGUGUUCCAACCUUCUUCAGGAGCUAGCGACGGCGAUUCCGAUUUGAGCCCCGCCCCCUGGAGCCUGCGGGCGCUCUAUUGGUGGACAAUUCUCUCCAGACGUCCCCUGAAGAGCUGCCAUGUCUGGGAAUUCUGCCCCUUGCUCAGAACAGAACAACAACAACUAUGAAACCAAAACAAAUCUCCGAAUGUCAGAGAAGAAAUGUUCGUGGGCAUCCUACAUGACCAACUCCCCGACCCUCAUUGUUAUGAUUGGCUUACCGGCCCGGGGCAAAACCUACGUGUCCAAGAAACUCACACGCUACCUCAACUGGAUUGGGGUGCCCACCAAAGUGUUUAAUCUUGGGGUGUAUCGGCGUCAAGCGGUCAAGUCCUAUAAGUCCUAUGACUUCUUCCGGCAUGACAACGAGGAGGCCAUGAAGAUACGCAAACAGUGUGCUCUGGUGGCGCUGGAGGAUGUGAAGGCGUAUCUCACGGAGGACAGUGGGCAGAUUGCGGUGUUUGAUGCUACCAAUACCACUCGAGAGAGGAGAGCCUUGAUUUUGAGCUUUGCUGAGGAGAAUUCCUUCAAGGUGUUCUUUGUGGAAUCCGUCUGCGAUGAUCCUGAUGUCAUUGCUGCCAACAUCCUGGAGGUAAAGGUGUCGAGCCCUGACUACCCUGAAAGGAACAGGGAGAAUGUGAUGGAGGACUUCCUAAAGAGAAUUGAGUGCUACAAAGUCACCUAUCAACCCCUUGACCCAGACAACUAUGACAAGGAUCUUUCUUUCAUCAAGGUGAUAAACGUGGGCCAGCGGUUUCUAGUGAACAAAGUCCAGGACUACAUCCAGAGCAAGAUCGUCUACUACCUCAUGAAUAUCCAUGUCCAUCCUCGCACCAUUUACCUUUGCCGGCACGGAGAGAGCGAGUUCAAUCUCUUGGGAAAGAUUGGGGGUGACUCAGGCCUCUCGGUGCGGGGAAAACAGUUUGCCCAGGCUCUAAGGAAGUUUCUGGAGGAACAGGAGAUAGCAGACCUCAAAGUGUGGACAAGUCAGUUGAAGAGGACUAUCCAGACCGCUGAAUCUCUGGGGGUGACCUAUGAGCAGUGGAAGAUUCUGAAUGAGAUUGAUGCUGGCGUGUGCGAGGAGAUGACUUAUGCGGAGAUUAAGCAGCAGUACCCAGAAGAGUUUGCACUUCGAGAUGAAGAGAAAUAUCUGUAUCGAUAUCCUGGAGGGGAGUCAUACCAGGACCUGGUGCAGCGGCUGGAGCCUGUCAUCAUGGAGCUGGAGCGUCAGGGCAAUGUCCUCGUCAUCUCCCACCAGGCUGUCAUGCGCUGCCUCCUGGCCUACUUCUUGGACAAGGGUGCAGAUGAGCUACCGUACCUGAGGUGCCCUCUCCAUACCAUCUUCAAACUUACUCCUGUGGCCUACGGUUGCAAAGUGGAAACAAUUAAACUUAACGUGGAGGCUGUGAACACUCACCGUGACAAGCCAACUAACAACUUCCCCAAGAACCAAACCCCUGUAAGGAUGAGAAGGAACAGCUUUACGCCUCUGUCCAGUUCGAAUACAGUAAGGCGUCCAAGAAAUUACAGUGUUGGGAGCCGGCCCCUCAAGCCCCUCAGCCCUCUCCGUGCCCUGGACAUGCAAGAAGGGGCCGACCAGCCGAAGACCCAAAAGUUAGGGUUAGGAGUACAAGAUAUUUGUAUCCUAGACUGAACGGUUGAGUGUUUCCUGUGAGGAUCUGGGUGUUCCUCUUUGCAACCCACAUUUGAUCUUCAGAGACACUGGCAUUUUGAAGAAACAUGAUACGGCUGUUUGGAAGUAAAUCCAUCUUAUGGUGUAUCUGUGAGUAGAAGAUCUGAGUACCAGAGAAACUCACUGAUGCUUGGGGGAGCCAAAGGACAAGGGGAAUAAGUGCCUAAUAAUUGAGGAAACUCUAUCUGGGUUGUAUAGUCUUAUGCACAUUCCAUUGUCUUUGUUAAGCCCAGAGGCCAUGUUGUGUUUGUUUUCCAGAAAUUUGAUAACUUUACAUAGGUUUUCCGGUAUACAUUUUGACUUGUGUUUUAAAAUAUUUUAAUUUGAAUUAAAUAAUUUUAUUGGAAUUAAAUAUUUUAAUUUUAAUUUGAUUCACAAUUGAAUCAGGUUGCAACAUUGGCAGGAUUGAUCUCUGACUUCUGAUCGAGGUGACACAGACAUCAGAAGUAUGUCCAGGAAUUUAAUUUAGACUCAUCAUGUCCAGAACACUGUAUCUAGAAGUAUCUGUACGCUGACUGCCUGACAGACUGUGGUAGGGUCCCUAUGCUGACUAACCAACAGGCUCUACUUAAGAUCUGUAAGCUGACAAGUCUGACUGUUUUCUAAUUGUACCAGUUGACACUUUAUGCAUGUUACUACAAUUCUCUGUCUAUUGUACAUGUCCUACAAAGAAAGGAAGUAACCACCCCACAUGUUUUCUUUAGGGGGAUGUUCUAUACACUAUGAUUUUUAAUAGGUAUUUCUUUUAGAGUGGCAGCCAAAUUCUAAUCAUUUUGUAGACAAUGAAGGUUGAACAUCACUUGUAAGUUAUUUUGUAAACUCAGCUAAGGAAAUGCCUGCUCAGAGCCUGACACUGUUACCUCUACUUGAAGUCAUCCUAUCCAGUCCCCCAUUUCUGGGCAGGACUUCACUUUCUGAACUUUCUGUGUCCUCAGCUUCCCUGCUAUGGGCUGUAGCAUUCCAUUGGAUAAUGCUGCUGUUUUCAGUCCGCUACCCAUUUGCCUCUUAAUUAUAAUAUAAUCAAUAAAAAUGCAAAGGAAAUUUUGGCAAAAGUAUUCUUUUCAGUAAGGCUUUCACUGGGGAUCCAUGACCAAUUUUUAGCUACUCAGUGUUUUUUGUAUCUGAAUUGCUUGUGUACAUUUUUUUUUUCUUGUGUUGAAGUAACAAAAUCAAUUCAUUCUGAUAUGGUGAUAGUUUUGCUGUGGCAAAAGCAAAGGACUUGUCACCAGCUGUGCCCUUUGGAGGGAUUGGGAGUGGGCUGAGCACCACUGGGUUAAAUGGAAUGGACUGAGUUGGGAACCGAAGCAAUAGAGCUAUCCUGCAUGUUUCCUAGGCACAGCUGUGUUGAAAGAAGGAAUGUUAAUCCUUAGCAGCAUUCUAAUUUAAUCUGGUGACACUGAUGUCAAAAUAUGGCGCUCAGAUCCACAUAAGGUGUAUAACUGUAUUUGAAAUGUGUUUUUGUGUGUGUGUGUGUAGAAUGGGUAAAUAAAAUGGUUGAGUAACUUGAAUCUAUCAGAAGGCUUCUGGGUUUUUUGUUUUGUAUUUUGGGUUGUGUUCUCCACCACUUCCCCACCCCCAAAACUUUGCCUCGGGCUGCUUGGCAGUUGAGCCUCAGACCAGCAAAAGCCAGUCCACAGAGUGACUGGAGUCCCUGGUGGAGGCGUGGCCCUCUUGCACCACCUUCUGGAGAAGAUGGGAAGGACAUCAUAGACGGCACCUGAACUUAGUCGUGUGUACUUUUUGGCGCCUCUACAAGAAUUAAGAAAAAAAUUACCUUUGACCACACUGUGCUCUGACCCGCACUAGCAACAUGGAACUCAUUAUUUGUUGUGGGAAAAAAAAAAACCUUUGGCGAUCUCUUAGAAUUUAGUGGACUCUUCUUUCUAAAAUAUUACCUUCCUGUUUCUAAAGAGAAUACAGCUGGUGGGGUAAAAUGGCAUUUAACUGCUUCUGGGAUAGGAAAAACAGGGGGGAUUGUGUCACUAUUCUCAUGCCUUAUUUAUUCCUUGUUACCUUAACAAGGACCAGGAGCUCAUUAGACAUGCAGGCUCUUGGGCCCCAUCCCAGGCCUGCUGAAUCAGAAUAUUCAUUUUAAGU